UCGGCGGCGAGGAGGUGCCCAGCGGCGGGCGACAUGUUCCAGGCCCCGGAGAGCGAGGGCGGCCGCGCCGGCUCCAGGGCCAUGAAGCCCCCUGGAGGAGAAUCGAGCAAUCUUUUUGGGAGUCCAGAAGAAGCUGUUCCUUCAAGCAGGCCCAAUAGGAUGGCAUCUAAUAUUUUUGGACCAACUGCAGAACCUCAGAACCUACCUAAAAGGACCCAUCCCCCAGGGGGGAAAGGAAGUGGCAUCUUUGAUGAAUCGACACCUGUGCAGACUCGACAGCGUCUGAAUCCACCUGGUGGGAAGACCAGUGACAUUUUUGGGUCCCCAGUCACUGCCACUUCACCCUUGGCACACCCAAACAAACCCAAGGACCACGUGCUCUUGUGUGAAGGAGAAGACCCCAAAUCAGACAUUAAAGCUGCAACGAGCACCUCACCCAGAGAAGAGCCUGGUGAGAAAGGCGGCUGCAGAGAAGCUGACCGCACCCAGGAGCCCCAGCCCACGCCCACGGUCGACAGCCAUGAGCCCAGGCUGGGCCCGCGGCCUCGCUCUCACAACAAAGUCCUGAACCCACCCGGAGGCAAAUCCAGCAUCUCUUUCUACUAAAAGAAGCUGCCGCUUCCCCCGUAGCCAGACAACAAACUUGAGAGAUAGGAUUUCAAAUAUUAUAGUUUCUUUUAGCCCAAAGGAGUGGGGGUGGGGAGAGGGUCUGUUGUGUAUCUGAAGCUGCUGCUCAGGCUCCACUGCCAUCCCGAGAGCCAUGGAGGACCUCCCUCGCUUUCCAGACUGCCGAGAGACAUCUCUGUGAGCAUUAGUGUGACUCCCCUGGUGUACACUCACUUGUAAUUCCAGAUGUGAGAGGAACUCUGAGAUGGGCGGGGUGGGGAGAUGGCGCAAGGCCACAGCAAGGCCUGACGAAGGGGCCUCUUACACGUCCUUGUGCAUCAGCAGUCUGCCGGUAAUCUGGCAUGUAGGAGUCACUAACACCGUAGCAGAGUUUAAAGCCUUUGAAAGCAAACCAGAACCACCUCUCCAAUGCUGUGGGAUAGAGGAGGAAGGCAUAAGCCGAAACCUUGCAGGGAGGGGUGCGGGGGGGUCUCUGUGCACCCCCCGUAGAUCCUCAUGCCAUUCGCCCUUCACGGCUACGGUUUCCGUUCCUGGGACACCCGCUGCUCAACCCCACUGUCUCCUUUACUUCAGCCCCAGGGUGUUGUUCUGCAGCCUGUUCUUGAAACAUCUUGAUUGCUUUUCCUCAGCAGCUGUCAACAGAAACCAAAAAGUCGUUCUCAGUCUAUGCUUUGUAGAAAGGUUUUGUGCCCUGAUUCUCUCAGGUGCCCCAGUUCUGCCAUCUAAAACCUUGGCCAGACCUUACGGAGGGACCUCCGCCUUUCAUUCACAGAGGACUGGUUUAGUCUCUUUACGGCUGUUCUGCUUGUAAAUUGUCUUUUUCCUCAUCAGCCUUAAGUCUAGGCCUUUGCUCUUCACCAGCAGCGUGGACAGUUCCUUUCACAAGCUGUCUGCAGGGCCCGCUGACGUCUGCGAGACUUUAGAACUCUGUCCAGAUGUGUCCAGGUGAUGGGGUUGUUUAAACCCCUCGUAUGUCUUACUUGAUCCUGUCGAGGGGGAGGAGCUACUCCAGACCCUUGGGUUCUUCGGGUUAGAUUCUGUAACAAUAUCUAAAGAGCUAUUCUAAAAUACCAGCUUUACAUAAGCGACUGUUGACUUGGGUCUGUUUCUGACACGUUUCUAGAAAAAAGUCAGUUGCUCAGGUAUACCAAAGAGGAAGAAAAGUCUGCUUAGGCCACCCUUUACAAAGCUUUGCAGCACCUCGGGACCAUAUUCAGUUUCCGGAAGAGACUUAGAGGCCUUAGCCCAGGAGAUUCAAUAGUUUGGCAGCAAAGUCUUAACUGGCCAAUUCCGUGGUAUCUGCCAGCAAAGAUAUUUGCUUUCAGUUUGUCCCAUUCAGCCUCUAAAGGGCUACAGUGUAAAUUCCUACAGUUCACUCAUGUUGGACCAACAGUUAACAGGAGAGGAUUUGGGUGGUGGCAGCUAUUGGUACGAGUGCCUACAAAGCUAGUGCCAGGUGCUAGAAAUAUCUUCAUCAUUAUUAAAAUUUCAAAAAGCAACAACUGUGUUUAGUUGCACUCACAGUGGCCUAGACACGUAAGUGCCUACAGGCGCUGCCUGCCAGGCUCCACUUCUCACACCCAGCGCAUUGACGGGGGCUGCACGUGGCUUUGUCAACCGAAGACAGUUGUCCUUUUGGUUGCCCUGCUGACUCUGGAGCCAAGAAACACUGAUUUCAUGUGACUCUAUCAAGUACUUCCUGUCUCCAUCCUUCAAAUGGUUUAUAAGAAAGUUGUUUGGAAUUCAAAGCAUUUUUUACCCAUUAAAAAAUGUUGUAAAUAGUGGUUAGCUUUUAAGCCCAAACACACUAAUUUGUUUAACAGAAAAUGAAAUGUUCUAAUGGUGGAAAUGAACUUGUAACUGUGGGUUUUUUACUAUACAAGAAAAUGACUUGUGAAUUCCAAAUUGGAUUGCCAAGAGGAACCCUGCAUGGUGGUGCCAGCCCAUGUGGCUUCACCCCCACCCUCACCGUCAGCCAAAUGGGGGAGGAGCUGUCUGGGUCUGUCCACUGGCAGGGCUCUCGGGUGGAGGUGCGAGAGACCAGAGACGGGAAUGAGGAAAACAUGAACACAGCGAGAGCUUCUGGGCAGCAGUGACACAACUCCCUACCUUCCUUUUCUCCCAUCUUCCCCCCUUUCUUUUCCUCCCUGCAGCCCUAGGAGUGGGUUUAGAGUGCCUGAGUAGUCUGGUCACUGGGGGAAGCAGAGGAGGAGUUUCUGCUCCUGUGAGCCCAGUGGGGGUGAUCAUUUAUAUUUGGAGGAUGCGCUCUACAUUGGUGACUGCCUGUGUUUGGAAGAUUCACUAACUCUUAGCACCCUGUUCUCACCCUCUACGCUGCAUUGAGAAAUUACUAGUUUCUAUUUUUCUUAAGCCUUAAAAUUUUUUUUAUGUGCAUUUGGUGCCAACUCUUUUCUAGAGCUGUAUCAAAAACAACCAACCUGUACUCACUUGCAAUGUAAUUUUUAUAGGAAGAUUUUGUUAUUUUUACAAGGCAGAAUUGGGUAUAACAGUUGAAUUAAACUUAGCAAUCACGUACUCAGUC